AUGCACCCUGGCCCCACAGACAAAGUUGCAUUACCUGAUCACAAAUCCCCCCUAGCUAAUGAUGUUGCAAUGGAUUCGGCUGAUGAGGGUUACUAUGCACUCGGCGAGCUCAAGUCCGAUAAGGGCACUGAUGGCAGUGCAACAGAACAUGAGGACAAUGACAAUGAACUAUCCUGUGGUCUGUGCUCAUCUGACAAGACACUACCUAACGCCCAGCAUUUGUUGUCCAACAACACCUCUCCAGCCACCAAUCUCCCAACCACUUCCAUAUGUGGAACUGUUUAUGCUUGUGCACAUGUACUGCUUGAAGUAACUUCCAUACAUGGCAACACAUUUUCUCUCACAUGUUCAUUCAAAGGCAACACGCUCCUCAACAUCAACCACUCUACCCCUGAGUCCAAAGCAAAGAUCGAUCAAACAGACGACAAGUGCUUUGAAGCCAACAGUGACCUGAAUGCCAAUCAAUCAGACAAAGAUCAAUCAGACGCAGAUGAUGAUGGCAAGCUGAUGACAUCCAUGGACCUCAAUUCACCACCUGAUCUCACUGACCUGCUUGCCCACAUUGUUCAAUGCAGUGUUCAUGUCAAUCCCGUUUUCCAUCUGACUAUUUGCCUGGACUGUGCCAUUGCUAUCCCAUGGCACAAAAUGGGUCCCCUUCUUGCUCAAACUAACUGGGAACACUGUAUCGAGAACAUAGACCUCAAGAGCCUCAGGCAAACUGUGUCUAACCCUGAUGGCAAGCCAGACUUUCUGUACCUCAUCAAGGUCAUGUGA